AUGUCCACCCAAUACACCACCGUCCCCUGGACUUCUCCCUCCGCCCUCCUCGCCCUCCGCUCCGACCUCUUCUCCCCCUCCACGCCCUCCACCCUCCCCCGCGCCCUCUCCCUAAUCCAAGCCUGGAAACUCCGCAACUCCAACCUCCCCCACGCCAUCGAAUCCACCUACCUCCUCCUCUCCGCCCAACACCACCACGCCCAACUCCUACAAUCCCAUCAACCUCCUCCCUCCUCCCCAGCCCUUCCAUCCCCCUCCUCACCACCACCUCAACUCCACGCUCAAGUCCAACUAGACCCCAUCACAGCGCUAGCGAUACGAGCCCUCUACACCCAAUCCUUCACCCGGUUCAUCACCGGUUUCUGCGACAUUUCCCGCAAUCGCGCCCGCCUGCUCAAUCCGCCUAGUAUGGCGGAAGUCGCGGCGAAAAUCGGACUGCCGCCGGAGUUUGUGGAUGUGAGACAUGAGGCGACGCAUGAGGAUUUACCCGGGUUGGGGAGGUUGGUGAGGGUUACGGAGGAGGGGUUGAGGUGGUUGUGGGGGAGUUAUUGGAGUAAGCUUGGCGGGGAUGAGGGGGAGGAGGCGGGUGAGGACGAGGGUGGGGAGCGAUUGGAGCAGGUUUUGAAGGCGUGGAGGAGGGGGAGGGUGGAGGCGUUGAAGAAAGGUGGUGAGGGAGAUGUGGCUAGUACAGCGAGGGAGUUGAGGAGGUGGAGUGGGGAGGCGAUUGCGGAAGCAUUGGUUGGUGGGAAGAUGAUUUGGCCGUCAAGACGAGACAUUCGAUCCUCCCUCAAUGGAGCCUUCACCCUCUGGCAGCCUCUCCUAACCACUCUUUCCACAACUCACCCAUCCUUCCUCAAAUCCGUCAUCUCCACCGUCCAAUCAUCCAUCAACAGCUCUAACCCCACCACCCAAUCCUCCUUCGAUGCCGACAAGGAAGCUCUCAGUCUAUGGCUCCUACACACUCUCAGCGCGCAGACAUGGGCGUUAAAUCUCUCCAAAGCCGAGAGGGAAAGUCUGCGGAGUGAGACGAUGAUGUGGUGUUGUACGAAUCCAGGGUAUUGGAGUCGGUUUGUCGGGAAGGGGUUGUUGAGAGAUGGUGGGAGGAAGUUUAGGGGUGUGUGGGAGGAUAUGUUGGAGGCGAGUCGAUUGGAUGGGGCGCAUGAAGGCCACACGGUCCCAGUAAUGGAAGCUGAUGAGGCAGCCGAGCCGGAUCCUGAGGUUUUGGAAGAUGCGCCUGUAGCGAUUGAGGUGAAGCCUGCUGGAUCUGGUGGAGGUGUAAAGCGAGGCUGGAGGAGGAUGGCGGUCGCGCCGACGUGUCCGAUUGGAGUCGUCCAGUAGAAUGCUUCCUGAUACCCAUAUCGCGUCCUCUUCACGCCUUGCAAAGCUGUGGGUAUCUCAAUCCUUCCGUGAGGCGCUCCCACAACAUUCCCUUGCCAAA